CACCGUGCUGGAGUCCCCAAGGACAUCUGCAUAGCUCCUGGAGAGACCCUCUGCCCUUUGCCCCUCCCACCAGUCAGGGCCCGCGGGGACCAAGCUUGCUUAUUGUCACCUGACGCUGGGCAGCCUCUGAUUCCAUUGGUGGAGCCAGAUUCGGUCUGGUUCUUCCCUCUCUCUCUCUCUCUCUCUCUCUCUCUCUCUCUCUCCUUCCCUGCCUCUCUCUCUCCUCCACGCUGCUUUGAUUCUGCUCUCGCUGCUCCCCUUGUGCUCGCUUGGCUGGAAACGCAGUCUCUCCUCUCUGGGCAGAAGCUGCCUGUGGGGCAUGGAAUAAACCUUCCUGACGGCUGUGAAAGGUGCCUGAACUCUGUGUGAGCCCCUGCCUGUGAGUCAGGCACUCCCCUGAGCCUUGCCUGGGGAGCCCACCCCAGAAGGGUCCCUCGCUUCCCCCCUCUUCUAGUCUUCCUCUGCGGAUCCAGUGGAACCAGGCCCUUGGCAAAAGGAUUAACAGCUGGAUCCGGUCCCAGAGCACCACAGCCAACCACCCCGUGACCAUUGUGCUGCAGUCAGCGUGCCAGCUGAGAAAUCGGGUCUCCACAGGAGCCAUACCACAGGGGAACAUGGAGCUGCUGUCCACACCUCACAGCAUUGAGGUCAACAACAUCACCUGUGACUCCUUCCGCAUCUCCUGGGCCAUGGAGAACACUGACCUGGAGCGGGUCACCCAUUACUUCAUUGACCUCAACAAGAAGGAGAAUAAGAACUCCAACAAGUUCAAACACCGGGAUGUUCCCACCAAGCUUGUGGCUAAGGCUGUGCCACUGCCUAUGACGGUGAGAGGCCACUGGUUCCUGAGCCCCCGCACAGAGUACAGCGUGGCAGUACAGACGGCUGUGAAGCAGAGUGACGGGGAGUACCUGGUGUCUGGCUGGAGUGAGACGGUGGAGUUCUGCACAGGGGAUUAUGCCAAGGAGCAUCUGGCCCAGCUGCAGGGGAAGGCUGAGCAGAUUGCAGGCCGCAUGCUCCGCUUCUCGGUCUUCUACCGCAACCACCACAAGGAGUACUUUCAGCAUGCCAGGACCCACUGCGGGAACAUGCUGCAGCCCUACCUGAAGGAUAACAGUGGCAGCCACGGCUCCCCAACCAGCGGCAUGCUCCAUGGGGUCUUCUUCAGCUGCAACACGGAGUUCAACACUGGCCAGCCCCCACAGGACUCCCCCUAUGGCCGCUGGCGCUUCCAGAUCCCAGCCCAGCGUCUUUUCAACCCCAGCACCAAUCUCUACUUCGCAGACUUCUACUGUAUGUACACAGCCUACCACUACACCAUCCUGGUGCUGGCGCCCAAGGGCUCCCUGGGGGACCGCUUCUGCCGUGACCGCCUGCCCCUCCUGGACAUUGCCUGCAACAAGUUCCUGACCUGCAGUGUGGAGGAUGGGGAGCUGGUCUUCCGCCAUGCUCAGGACCUCAUCCUGGAGAUCAUCUACACUGAGCCGGUUGACCUGUCCCUGGGCACGCUGGGCGAGAUCAGCGGGCACCAGCUUAUGAGCCUGUCCACUGCUGAUGCCAAGAAAGACCCCAGCUGCAAGACAUGCAACAUCAGUGUGGGCCGCUAGGGACUCCUGGGGAGCUGGGGGUCCCAGGAGAGAUGGCAGGCAGGGUGGCAGUGGGUGGCAUAGGUUCAGGAAUCUGGCUUUCUCUCUCCUUCUUCCUGUGCUCCCUUUAAGCCGUCGGCCUCCACUUCCCUACCCCUCAGCAUUGAAGGCAACAGAGGGUGCCCUUUGGGUGACCAGCACCCUGUGCCUGGUGGACUUGCAAUGGCUUCUUGGCCUCAGUAGGAUGGUGGGUGGGUUGGAUUCUUGAGUCCCUCUCCCCUUUCCUCUGAUUUCUUGUCCUGUUGUGUUUUGCCUCACCCAGGCCUGCAAGUAGUUUGCCUGCUUCCAGGGCUGAUGCAGAGCUGUGGGUGCCCUUCUCCCACCCCACCACCUACUCAGGGCCCACUGCAGAGCACCCUUUCCUGCAGAGCUGGGCCUGGGGCUCCAGCCUAUAAAUAGUACCCUGCACCGCUGUGACCCUGGGCUAACCCUUGCCCACAACACCCUCUUCCUGCCCAGGCGGGCUGUCCCUCAUCAUCUCUACUUUCCUCUGGAAAGGAGCCCCCAUUUUCUCAUAGCUGGGGGAGGGGGGCUCCAGGCCAUUGAGAUAUCCCUUUUCUUCUCUCUGGAGUUGACUGACACCCAGUGAACCUUCUCUUUUGCUCAGAGCCCCUGGGGUCUAGAAUGCAGCCGCUGGGGUUGAGGAGGGGGAAGUGACCCCUGAGACCCAGAGGGAUCCUUCCUCUGUCAGAAGUGAGUUUCCCUGCAUCCCAAGGGGGUCCCAGCUUGCAGAUAUAAUGGAGGGUUUUCUUGCAGAGCUCUGGCACCCUGCCUGGCUGUGCUUUGUGCUCUCUCUCUGCCAUGGUGCCGCUGUGACUACUCUAUGCCUGUGUGUAACCUGGACUGUGGCUUCUCUGCCAUCCCCCACCGUGCAUUGCUUCCCUCCCUCCCCCACAAAGCUUAUUGGCAGAAAGUCCUUCCCAGGGUGGAGGUGCUUUUGGGACCUGCUAUAGUGUUUUUACCUAUUUCCUACUUUUGUAUGGGUCACCUAGGUGGUGAGCAGGGACCCCCAGGACAAGCAGACAAGGUGGGGUAACUGGAAGACAUGCUGAUGGAGCAGCCAUCACAGUGACAUGAAGGACAGAAAGGACCAGCUGGCCAAUGAGGCCACACCACAGUGUGUGUGUGGUGGUGGGGGGGGGACAGGUGGGACAACUGGUGGCCUCUUCUGCAGCUGAGGGGAGUGGUGUGGAGAUUGUCUCCACGGCAUGACCCAAGGGCCUAGAAGACUGGGAGCUGCAUGAAGGAGAGGACCUUACCCCCUCUGCUGACAGUGUUGCUGGAGGGGUGGCCCACUACCCUCCCCUGGCCCUCUGAGUCUGCCCCAGCUAGGGGGUACCUGCCUGUGCUGUGCUUUUGAUGUGCAUCAAUAAACCACCAAGGCCUGAGA